AUGCAGAGUGCUGAGGUCACUGAACUACACAUUGCUGUGAGUCUUGUCACUGCCAUCACCAACCAGGAGUUGCUGAUAACUCAGCAGCGGUUGAAUAACAUUAGCAAGCUAGGCUUGCGGAACAGAGCCAGGAUCCUUGGGGACCAUAAAGUCAAAGUGACAUACUGUUACAUAGAGCAAAGAGGACCUGGGUGUUUAUUUGUUUGGCUAACCUCAUGCUUUCAUUCUCACACAGGAUCCCCCGGAUCCAGAAGAGGAACCUACAGCCAAGAACAGUCGAUCAAAAUGUUCAUCCGAGGCCGGCCCAUUACCAUGUACAUCCCCUCUAACAUCCAGAACUACGAAGACCUGAAGAUGGAGCCGCCCUCUGAGAGACUGGAGUUAGACUGGGUCUAUGGUUACCGGGGACGGGACUGCCGUGACAACCUGUACUUCCUUCCGACGGGCGAGGCGGUGUACUUCAUUGCCUGUUUUGUCGUGCUUUACCACAUCAACAACCGCACACAGCGCCACUAUGACAAACACACAGACUGCGUCCGCUGUCUUACCCUCCAUCCUGACAAGGUGCGCGUGGCGUCUGGCCAGACAGCAGGGGUGGAUAAAGACGGCAAGUCCCUGCAGCCUUGUGUUCAUAUUUGGGACUCCACCACCCUCGUGACCCUGCAGCAGAUCGGCCUGGGAAGCUUCCAGAAGGGAGUGGGAUCAGUUGCUUUUUCCUUUGCUGAUUCUGGAGCAUUCCUGUGUGUGAUCGACGACUCUAACGAACACAUGCUGUCCGUAUGGGACUGCAACAAGGGGACCAAGCAUGCGGAGGUCAAGAAUACCAACGAGGCCGUGUUCGCUGUGGAGUUUAACCCCAGCGACAGCACCAACAUCAUCACCUGUGGGAAAUCCCAUGUCUACUUCUGGACGCUCAUCGCAGGACAGUUCACCAAGAAACAAGGCAUCUUUGGAAAAUACAAGAAGCCCAAGUUCAUCCAGUGCUUUAUGUUCAGUCUGACUGGAGACGUUCUGACCGGAGACUCUGAAGGAAACAUCCUGACGUGGGGAAAAUCAGCUGCAGAUGUCAAAACGCUCGGUAAAGGAGCCAAAGAGACCUUCCAGAUCAUGCGACAGACCAGAGCCCACGAAGGCAGCGUGUUCACCCUGUGCACCCUGCAUGGUGGCGCUCUGCUCAGCGGAGGAGGGAAAGACCGUAAGAUCAUCCGCUGGAGCGCCGACCUGGCUCCCGAGAGAGAGUGUGAGAUUCCAGAAAAUUAUGGGGCAGUCCGUACCAUUGCAGAUGUGGAUGGGGAGGAACUGUUAGUUGGUACAACCCGCAAUGCCAUCCUCCGAGGCACCUUCUCAGACGGAUUUGUGGCCAUAGUGAAGGGUCAUGUAGAUGAGAUAUGGGGGCUGGCUACACACCCCUCUCAGAACAUCUUUAUCACCUGUGGCCACGACAGGCAGGUGUGUGUGUGGAACACAGAGGAACACAAGUUGGACUGGUGCAUCUCCCUGGAGGAUUAUGGGUUGUGUGCUGAUUUCUGCCCUAAUGGAUCAGUGGUGUCAGUCGGCCUCAACACAGGAAGGUGGAUGGCCUUUGACCUGCUGACCAGAGAGGUGGUCACUGAGUCCACUGAUGGGAACGAGCAGCUGUCUGUCAUGAGAUACUCACCAGAUGGCAGCUUUUUAGCUGUUGGCUCCCAUGACAACUUCAUCUACAUCUACAAUGUGACGGAGAGUGGCCGACGUUACACCCGCUCUGGGAAAUGUAAUGGUCAUUCCAGCUUCAUAACUCACCUGGAUUGGUCCAAAGAUGGAAAGUACAUUAUGUCUAAUUCAGGCGACUAUGAGAUCCUUUACUGGGACAUAGCAGCAGGGUGUAAACUGUUGAGGAAUCGCUUUGAGAGCAAAGACAGAGAAUGGGCCUCCUAUACCUGUGUGCUGGGCUUCCAUGUCAUGGGUGUGUGGUUGGAGGGCUCUGAUGGCACGGACAUCAACGCCCUGUGUCGCUCUCACAGUGAGAGGAUGGUGGCCGUUGCUGAUGACUUCUGUAAAAUCCACCUCUUCCAGUACCCCUGUCCGAAACUUAAGGCACCGAGCCACAAGUACGAGGGCCACGGCAGCCACGUCACCAACGUCUGCUUCACGCACAACGACUCCCACCUCCUCUCCAUGGGCGGGAAGGACACCUGCAUCCUCCAGUGGAGGGUGAAUGGAGGCGGGGUGGGCGACAGCAGGGAGAGACUGGCCUCGGCCUCGUCCACCUCCACCAACUCUCCAGAACCUGCCGCCAGCUAGGAAGGACAUGCGUUAUUAACAGUGACAGAGGGGGAAGUGUUUACACACAGCCAGAGAGGCGUGUUAGUCAAUGGACAGCAGCCACAGUUACAGGCUCAGCCGGGCCUCUGCUGUGCCACAGCUGUGUCAGUUUCAUGCAGAA